UGCCGCGUCGCGCUGCGGGGCCGGUCGGAGCGACGCCGCUCGGGUCAGUCGGCGCCCGGACGGGGAAGAUGGACGCAGCUACUCUGACCUACGACACUCUCCGGUUUGCUGACUUUGAAGAUUUCCCUGAGACCUCAGAGCCUGUUUGGAUACUGGGUAGAAAAUACAGCAUUUUCACAGAAAAGGAGGAGCUCUUGUCUGAUGUGGCAUCUAGACUUUGGUUUACAUACAGGAAAAACUUUCCAGCCAUUGGGGGGACAGGCCCCACCUCAGACACAGGCUGGGGCUGCAUGCUACGAUGUGGACAGAUGAUCUUCGCCCAAGCCUUGGUGUGCCAGCACUUGGGACGCGAUUGGAGGUGGACACAGCGGAAAAGGCAGCCAGACAGCUACUUCAGUGUCCUCAAUGCUUUCCUCGACAGAAAGGACAGUUACUACUCCAUCCACCAGAUAGCACAAAUGGGAGUUGGUGAAGGCAAAUCCAUCGGCCAGUGGUACGGGCCCAACACUGUUGCUCAGGUCCUCAAGAAGCUUGCUGUCUUUGACACGUGGAGCUCCCUGGCAGUCCAUAUAGCGAUGGACAACACUGUGGUGAUGGAGGAGAUCAGAAGGUUAUGCAGGACCAGCCUUCCAUGUGGCACAGCCCCGGCGUCUUCUGCAGCUCCCGACCAGCACUGUAAUGGGUUCCCUGCUGGAGCUGAGGUCACCACCAGGCUGUCACCCUGGAGACCCCUGGUACUUCUCAUCCCCCUGCGCCUAGGGCUCACGGACAUCAAUGCUGCCUACGUGGAGACACUGAAGCGUUGCUUCCGGAUGCCCCAGUCCCUGGGGGUGAUUGGAGGGAAACCCAACAGUGCCCACUACUUCAUCGGCUACGUUGGUGAGGAGCUUAUCUACCUGGACCCCCACACAACACAGCCGGCAGUAGAAGCCACAGACAGCUGCCUUGUCCCAGAUGAGAGUUUCCACUGCCAGCACCCUCCAUGCAGGAUGAGCAUCGGGGAGCUCGAUCCGUCCAUUGCUGUGGGGUUUUUCUGUAAGACUGAGGACGACUUCAAUGACUGGUGCCAGCAAGUCAAAAAGCUAUCACUACUUGGAGGCGCCCUGCCCAUGUUUGAGCUGGUGGAGCAGCCACCUUCCCACCUGGCCUGUCCUGACGUCCUAAACCUAUCCCUAGAUUCUUCUGAUGUAGAGCGAUUGGAAAGAUUCUUUGACUCAGAAGAUGAAGACUUUGAGAUCUUGUCCCUCUGAAAUCUGGGGGUCGGGGGGUGGCCUCCGCUGGCCCUUGCUGGUGCCACUGCAUUUCAUCCAUCCAGCCUGCCGAGUGCUGUGCGCCCCGUGCUCCGUCCAGGGGCUGCCCCACUCUGCUCAUGGA